GAGGCGGCGGCGGCGGCGAAGAUGGCGGCCGCGGCUCAGGCGCUGAGUUGCUCCGGGCUGCUGCUGGCCGCCGCCGCCCUGGCGCUGCUGGCCGUGGCCAUCGGCACCGACUCCUGGUACGAGACGGACGCGCGGCGACACCGCGAGCGCUGCCGCGGCUACGGCCACAAGCGCAACGCCCACAGCAACAGCAACAACAACAGCGACCCGCCCGGCUCCAUGUCGGCGCCCAGCCCGCACCUGCCGCUCCGAGCCCGCCCGCCCAGGGCCCUGCUUCCCGGGCAAACCCCGCCGCCGCCGCCCUCGGCAGCGCAGCCGCUGCUGCUCCCCGGGGCCGCCGCCGCCGCCGCCGCCGCCGCUUUGGCGCUGGAAUCGCACUGCGGCCGCCGCUUCAACUCCACCGUCUCCGGCCUCUGGCGGCGCUGCCACCGCGCGGGCUUCGAGCCCGACAGCGAGGAGCUCAUCCAGAAAGGUGCGCGGGGAGGGAGCGGCGGCCGCGCCCCACAGGUCGAGGGAGGGCUGCGCUGGCGGGGGUCGAGGGCGCGCGCACGCGGGAGGGGGAGAGAGAGAGAGCUCGCUCCCGUCGAGGGAACAUUUUGAGGGGCGUCGGUGGGGUGGGUGCUGCUGCUGCUGCUGUCCAGGGUGCUGAGUCUGCAGAGCUGCCUUCCCCGCCCAGGCCAGGGAGGGAAACGCCUCCAGGGACCUUCUCCUCAGCUGAGCUCCUUGGGGCUGCGGGGCCGAGUCCCCGCCUCAGGGCAGCCUCCUCACCCGCUCUCCUCACAGAUUUCUAGCCAAGCGCUAGGUGUCCCAGAGCCUUGCAGGUUUUCUUCCCCUCCUUCUUCCAUGGUGGCAAGAGGGCUCAACAGAAGCUGGAAGGGGGAAGCGGGAGGCAAUUGCAUUUUCUCAAGUCAAGGCUGCCUAAAAUGGUGGUUAUUUCCAUGUCUCCCACUGGAUUCUCCGCCAGCCUAGAUCUCUAGGGCUUAGGGUCCUUUCCCAAACGCUCACAAUGCCCUUUUUAUGCAUGAGAAUAACCCGGGCAAGAUACCUCCUGUAUAUGUUCCUCUGGAAGACCUCAGGUGAACCAGCUGGGCAUGGGUACAGCCUGCCAAGGUUUCUGUGGUUGCAGCCAUUGGGGGAAGUGAUGCUUGUUCACAGCUGUGAUCAGCUGCCCAUCACCAUUCAUUUCUCCCUGGGAAUGCAUUCUUCCACCUGCUCAAAGAUGGUCAGGUCUGCCAAACAAAAUGCAGUGCACACAGUUAAAAAUAAAUAAAUGGGCAGGGGGUGCUGUACCCACCUGGGUGAGAGGGGCAAUUUGUUUGGCCAGGGUGGGAUGUGCUUUAUGCACAAGGAAGAUCUUGCUUUGGAUGUGGGAUUGUCCCGAAAGAAAACAUGCCUUCAUUUUCCAGGGACACUAUGCACAAUUCCAGAGCCCUGCAGUGUGGUGUCAGAAACCUGGGCAGUUGCCUUGUAAGUGGCAUUGUCUAUAUAUGAAUGACAAACCUGAAUGCUGGGCACCAUUACUGCCACAUGGCUCCACCAUAUCCAGCUGCAGGUCACUGUCAGGCAUAUCUCUUGAUUGUCAGGCAAAAUCUUUUUGUGGCUGCUCUGUGUUGUUCCACUUUCCACCAUGAGAGGCUAAGAAAUGUACCUGGCAUUCCUGACAUAUGCCCAGGAACUGCAUAUAGAAAGCAGCUCUUGCUUUACCCUUCUAAAAUUUGGCAGUGGUUGUCUUCAUUGUGCUGCAUUGGAAAUAGAGUGGUUGAAUCUCACACCUUUUCCAUAGGAUUUCCUUUACCUGUAACAGUUGUGGAAAUUGCAACAGGAUGGAAGCUCAUGCUUCCAAUAAACAUGAGCUAUAUAAUAUUCCGACGCUGGCAGCACAAGAUGCUUCAGCCCAUUUCCUUACAUUUCAAGUAUAGUCUUCCAGGCAGUUGAAGAAAUUGCUAAUAGCAGAGAUUGUGGCAUUUCCAUCUCACAAUAGGAAAUAAUUAAAUCACUCAAUAAAAAUAUAUUUCAGUCGUCUGCUAAAAGAAUGACAUACAGCAUAAUCAGUAAAAAGUUCAAUUAGCAAUGAAUUUAGAAAAAAAUGACAAAAAACAUAUUCUACAACCAAUACUUACAAAUUAAAAAAAACAGCAACAAGGGUAAAAGAUGUUGCGCAUUAAAACUGGUAACAAUGAAAUUAAGUGUUAUACAAUUCAAGCCUGUUGGAGAAACAUCUGGGGUGUUUUAAAAUUAUUUAUGUAUUUUAUACCCUGCAUUUUGAGAAAUCUCUUUCUCAGUGAUUAUUUAAGGAUACAUAUAGAGAUGGCAAGAUGAUGGUUUGAGGUAGAGUUCUAGCUCUAAAAGUCUUUGAACAUAUACACCAAUAAACUAUCUACUCCCUUGCUGCCCGUUACACCUAGAACUGCCCCUGAAAACACCUUUACUUCCUUCAGGUCUCUCCUCAAAACUCAUCAUUUUCAGAAAGCCUUUGGAACAACUCAUAGACUAUUGUGUAACAUGUAAUUAAAAUAAUAGCAUGCCCUAUCCUAACCUCUGUUUUGACCCUUCUGUUAAGGCUUCACAGCAUGUUUUUUAGGUUGUGAACGUCAUUGGGUUGAGAACCUGUCAAAACUCUUCUUUGUGAAGCCUGAUGUCCAUGAAUGGUGCUAUAUUAUUUUGCUAACCUGGUGUUUCUGAUCCUGUAUCAUGUCUAAGAUAUAGAUGUAGAUUCUCUUUACAGAACCCAUUGUAACAUCACCAGCUGCUUUCCUGCAUUUAAUUCACUAGAAUCCAUCUUCUGCAUUUUUAUGUUUCCAUGUUGAAAGACAUUUUCUUCAUUAUAGUAAUUAGUAUUGUUGUGGAUCAUGCUGUUUUACAUCUCUUUGAUUCUCCCUCCUCCACUUUGGCCAAAGGCCUUCUGCUCCCACUGUUAUUUCCAGAAGGAUUGAAAACAAACUCUGUUGCUUGUUCUCUAACACUGUUUUCAGCGUGUUCUUUCUUUUAUGAAAAGUUAAUUCAUGUCAGACAAUGGGGCAACAAUCCAAGACAGAGCUAGAUUUGGGUAAACCCAUUAAACUCAGUGGGAUUAAGCAUGCCCUUGUGUUGGAUUGUGGCCCAACUGCCUUCCUGCGUUCCUUCGUCCUAUGGCUUGGAGGGCCUGCAUCCUUCCUAGCUAGUAUGCCUUCAAAAAUAACUCUUUACAAUACAAAGUCAUAGUCUUGUAUCUUUUGCCAUAAUUAAUAUUUUUCUGUGUAUGGAUAUAUUUGCACAUAAAAGAAAACAGCCUUGUUUUUUCAGGUUGCAAUCCUAUAUUCACUUACCUGCAACCAAGCCCCAUUGACUGCACUGGGAUAUACUUCUGAGUAGGCAUGUAUGGCAUUACACUGCAAAUUACUGUACUACUUCUGGUCUCUUAGUUCAACUUUUCCCUAUCUUCUGUUUCCAUGUCAGUUCCUCUAUAAACAACAAUACCUAUUCAAAGUAAUGAGCUCAUGUGUGUGUCUCAUCAUGUACUUAUAGUCACUAGAGCAGUGGCUCAGACACUUAAAAAUCAAUCAAUAAACUUGUAGGCAUACUUCAUUCUUACAUUUGAAAAGGCUUGCUUCUAAACAUCAACAUCUAAUGAUUACUGACCACUUGUGCAAUAGAAAUGCACUUGUACAACUGGACUUCCAAUUUCUCUUUUUACCCCCUCCAGCUGUCCAUCUAUUAUGGAAGAUCCCUCUAGAUUUGGAGCACAUGUGGGGCUGCAGGGGCAAGUAGAGGAAACUUAGAUCUCAUCCAAGGCAUGUAAGAAUAAGAAUGAUCUCUCUUCAGAGUAGCCCUGCUAAGUAUGCGUGUGAAUCACUGUUCUGAGUGUGCCUCUUCUGAGGGCAGGUAAUUCUGUUGCAUCUCUGCAUCAGGAGUAAAUGAAAGAGCCACUCGCAUUUGGUGCAGAGACCUGGAAGAAUGAUCUGCCUGCAUUGGAGGCUGCUUGGAUGAAGGAGACAAGACUGGAGUAGUGGAUCAUGCAGUGGGAAGCCUCUUCUGUGAUUGGGUCCCUUGAGCUGACAUGAGAAUCUUUAUUUGCUUCUUCAUGCACAGGCCCUAUUAUAGGAGAAGAUAUAAGAGAUUAGAUAGGCCAGUUUAUAUUAUUUGUCUAGCUAGGCUUGUGUUUUCUACUCUGGCUGGUGGUGGUUCUCCAGGAUCACAGGCACAAGGCUUUCCCUCCCUGAUUCCAGCUCUCUUUUUUUAACUGGAGAUGCCAGAGACUGAACCUGGGAUUUUCUGUAUGCAUGUGAUCUACCACUACAUUAUGGCUGGAGAUAAACGUCUCCUAUUCCUAGGAGCCUGUGUGGUGUAGUGGUUAAGAGCGGUAGUCUCGUAAUGUGGGGAACCGGGUUUGCUUCCCUGCUCCUCACAUGCAGCUGCUGGGUGACCUUGGGCCAGUCACAUUUCUUUGAAGUCUCUCAGCCCCACUCACCUCACAGAGUGUUUGUUGUGGGGGAGGAAGGGAAAGGAGAAUGUUAGCCGCUUUGAGACUCCUGAAGGGGAGUGAAAGGCGGGAUAUCAAAUCCAAACUCUUCUUCUUCUUCUUCUGCUGUGCACUACUGAAGUAUCUUUCUUUAAAAGCUUUAGUUUAUUCAUGUGAGCAUGGAUGCAACCAUCUUUUAAACUUCUGCUAUUUAAAUGCAGUGCAUCAAUUUUCUGUGACAGUUCCUACUUGUGAAAAACUGGCAAGGAUUAAUUUUUACCUGUUUGAACUAUGAAAUAUAUGCUUUUUAACCACUAUGGGGGGUAGAAUGCAACCCUGUUUAUUCUUUUUCACAAUUUCCUUCAAGCUCCCAAAAGUUAGUUUUUAAAUAUGUGUGUGUAUAUGUAUAUAUAUAGAGAGAGAGAGAGAGAGAGAACUGCUUGUCACAAAGCAAUAAUUUUUUUUCCAAUAUAAAAAGUAGGUUUGCAGAGACUACCUUGGAUUUGAUGUUUCAAUAAAGAUAGGGUAAGAAACUGAUACUCCCUAAUCUCCUAAAGCAGGUGAAAAUCGGUAGAAGACAUUUAAGCACAUAUUUGCCUUGUCCUAUGGCUAAGCAGUUAAUUAUAAAUACAAUGAAAAUGCAGGAAAGAGAAGUUCAGUUAUUUAAAUCAAAUCUUCAAAGAGCUCUAGCAAGUGAUAACACAAUCCCCUGGGAACCUACAGAAGACACCAGAAACUGACUUGAGUUGGGGGUCUAUCUGAAAGACAUAACUCACUGUUAUCAUAAUGAUAAAAUCAUGAAUUGAUAACUCUUUGGUUUGGCUCUAUAAUAUUCCAUAGCACAAACUAAUUUGGAAAGGCCACUUAAGGGUCAUAGAAGAGGAGGGACUCAUGGAUUACAUUGUGGAGAGGUUGCCUCUAUUUAAUGGCAAUGGUUAUGAACAGUGAUUCCAAAGGCCACAGUCACAAUAUUCAUUCUAAUUUUUUCUUCACAGUUUUCAUCCUGUUAUUUUUUUUAGAAACUUCAGGUCCCAUUUCAGCUUCUCCCCAUUUCUUCCAUAGUAGAAAUAAUCUUGUUCUGUUAUUCUGUUCCUGUCCACUAUAACCAGAACAUCAACCUAGAAAAGAGUAUAUUACUAUAGGUCCUGCUGAUUAUUUGAUGCCGUGCUUUAAUAAUGAAAUGUGAUAAUUAGUAAUAAACAUAACAAUAAUAUCUAUAAUAAUAAUAGUAAGCACAACACAUCAUCAUUCUGAAUAUUAAAAGUGCUUUACAUAUAUUAUCUUUUUGCAAUCCUUACAACACUAUAAAUAGGAUCAGUAUUGUAGCUCCCUUAUUGCAGAUGCUGGGCUUUUGUUGAGAAUCAGUGGUUUGCCUAAUACUCGGUACUGAAUUUGUGGCAGAGGUGAAAUUAAGUGACAUGGUUUACAUUGAAUCAGUGCCGGAUUUACGUAUAAGCUAAACAAGUUAUAGCUUAGGGCCCCACUCUCUUUGGGGGGCCCCAAAAAUUUAAAGGGAAAAACAACUGGAUGUACAUUUCCAAAAUAAAAGAUAAAAAAACAAAUAAAAUAACACAUACAGCAACAGUGUUUUGUGUUGUGUAGGCUCCUAUGAUGUAAGUAAUGGCCCCUGCCUGCUAGCCUGCUCCCUAAAAUAUCACAUAUAAAGGGCCCCAUUACCUUCAGUAGCUUAGGGCCUCAUCAAACCUAAAUCUGGCCCUGCAUUGAAUGAUGGCUUAGCAUUAUGAGUACAAACUAAAGCAAGGCUAAUAUAGUUUAGGAGGCAGUAAAGGGAAAGCAACGUCAAUAAAGCCUAACGUCAGAUAUAUAGUGUUUCUGUUUGUCAUUUUUUCUCUUUCAGGAGUCAUACAGCGUUGCACAUCUGUGAAGUAUCACUACACUUCAUCUUCCCUGCCACGCAACUUGCCUGUUAAUAUUACCAACACUAUCCGCCAGGAUGAGUGGCAUGCCCUCCGUGAGUAUCCAAAGCACUCGCUGAACAUAGUUCUUUUGUAUCUUUGUUACCAGAAUUGAUCAAAAUUCAGGAGAAUCACGUGUACCUCCUGGAACUGUACUGCUUCAGAAUACAGGUGGGGUAAAAAACACGUUUGAAUAUUCCUGUUGAAAGCAUCAUGCACAUGAAAGCUAGCAUAUCAAGGAGCCUUCUUCUUGACACAUUAGCUUUCCAUGUACAUGGUCUUUUUGAUACACAGGAGUAAACAAAUACUUUCUGAGCCCACCCAAGACCACCAUGCCUUGUAUUCAUUUAUUUUAGCCUUGAAUUUUGCCUGCUAUUGGCUCCAAUAGGAGGGCUUAUUUGAAGCCUAAAUGCAGUGUUUUGUAGAGGGUCACAGCUGCUGAAAACACUUCCCACACUGCAGUUAGGCUUGGAAAAAGCCUCCUAAAAUAGGAUGCUUUUUUCAUGCAAAACUGCAGCUGGUGGCAGGAUGGUUACAUUGAGAGAAUGUGUGUGUGUGUGUGUGUGUGAGAGAGAGAGAGAGAGAGAGAGAGAGAGCGCUGAAUGGAAGAACAAAUGGUGUUACCCACUACCAACUCUGACCCUGCUCACUUGCACCACAUCUACUUUCAGUUGGACCCAACCAAUGCUGGUGUGAAGUUCUCCCAGCAUUUUCUCAGGCUGGCAAAGGUUCUCCAUUCCAGUCUAAGUGAGAGGAAGUUGAACUGAGCAGCUUUGCACUGGAACAAUGUUUUGGGUGCUGAUGUAACUGAGGUGCUGCGUAUGUUACUAUUGGAUUGCAAGUUUACCACAAAUAGCUUGUGGGGGGGCGGAAUCUGAGUCAGCCAAUCCUUUAAAAAAUUGAAAUGGUCAUGUAGGCAAUGGCAGAGGAAGGGUAUCAUCACUGGGUGUGUGUGUAUGACAAAAUGACAAAAAUAUGAGGUUUGUUUGUUUGUUUGUUUUUAAAAAGGCUCAUGAAACUUUUUAGUUCAGUCAACAAAUGUAAUGAAAUGUGGCUGACACUGGGCACCACACCGCGGGGGCCGGCACUUACUGAGGGGCCUGCAGCGUGCCCAAGCCAGGGAGUGGGAGAGACAUAGUGGCUUAGGUGUCUGCAGGCUCCACGUUGCCUAAAAUGGCAGUGUGGGACUUGCGUCUGCCCACCGCCUCUCCCUCAGCUGCCCUACAGCUGAGGGGGAGGCGGCGGAGAGACUCCAUGCAGCGUGUCCCGCCCCCCUGGGUGGCUUGCCCUGCCCCUGGCUGAAGGACACACAGACUGCUUUGAGAUUGUUACUCAUAUAUUUCUAAAGCCAGAAGGGAUCAAAAGGUCAUCUAUGCCCCAAAUUAAGGUCUCGUCCCUUUCCCAUCAGUUUAUGUAAUCAAAAACACGGUUAAGGUAUUCUUGGAGUGGUGGUUUGGCUCGGAGGUUAUUCUGACCUCUGAGCUACACAGUCAUGGUGGCCAGCGAGACAACCUUAGUUCUGUAUAGCUUUGUACAGGGCUUUCCUACAUUUGUGCUCCAAACAGGAACCCCCUCACAAUGCUAAAUACUGCUACUCAGCAGCUGGUUCCCCAUAUAGCUUUCCUUUCUGGUGGUAUCAUAUCUUGUACUUUAAUUACUACUUUCCUUUCUUCACUGCCAUUCCUGCUCCUUGGUCAAGCCCCACCAACCCACUAGGCCAUAUGCUAAUGAUUAUCCUUUCCUCUUCAUUGCCUAAUUUCAUGGACACUUUUCUAGACUUCUUUGAGGACACAUGUUAAUAGCAACCUAGCUUGCUCCUGUAACAGCACCACAUCAGCAGUAUGUGUAACCCAGGAGCCCAUCAUGCUUCUGAGUGGGAGCCUGAUGGCAUGGAUAGUCAAAGAGAUUGCCUCUUUAUGUGCUUUCUUGUAAAGUGCUAUAAAAGUGCAGUGUAAACCACUUGUAAUAAAUAUAGAAGGCAAAUUUCCAUCUGGCUCAUUUUCCAAAGUGAUUAUUUUCUUGACUUGGGGGUUCUUACAGAAAGGCAUGAUAUUUUUAGGAAGUGCUGAGACUUUGCCUUCUUAAAUGCUUAAUAAUAAUAAUAAUUUAUUAUUUGUACCCCGCCCAUCUGGCUGGGUUUCCCCAGCGACUCUGGGCAGCUUCCAUAGAUUAUAAGAUUUCAAAAGAUGGAAGCACUCAUAUUCAUGGAUCACUGGUGCAAAUGUGAGCCUCCACCUCUGAUUUCCUCUGCGGUCUCCAAAUUACUCUUCACAGACUCUCUUUUCUCUCCCUCUUUCUCCAUCUUCUUUCUUCCUUGCACCAACACCCCCUCAGAUCUGCGGAGAAUGACAGCUGGCUUUAUUGGUAUGGCAGUUUCCAUCAUUCUUUUUGGGUGGAUCAUUGGUAUGCUGGGCUGCUGUAAACAGCAUGAGCUCAUGCAAUAUGUAGCUGGACUGCUCUUCCUUAUGGGAGGUGAGAGUUCUUUUUUCUUUGUAGGCUGAGAGCCAUUUUCUGAAGAAAUGCAUUUGGUAUUGUGCCCUAUAUGUAAUGAAUUGAAGCCUUGGGGGGGGGGGACUGGGCUCACAGGACAAGAACUAGGGAACAGGUGAUAUAAUUGUUUGGACUGUCUCAAUGAACUUAAAAUGUGUGAUAAAACUUUCAAAUGACAAAAAAGAGGGGAGUGAAAACAUGUGUCAGAUAAUGGUACUUACCCAGUUCUUGGACCAGUUCUACCCUGGGAAACCCCCAUGAGGGAUUGUGACAGAUGGGUGGGACAACCCACCUGUCAUUCAUGUGGCAGUAUGUGAUUGACCAGUGGAUGGCACUGACCAUCUGUCAAAUACUGAUAAGGGUGAAAAAAGUUCCUCACCCUUCUGUAUACCCACUGCUGUGCUUGUAGCUAUGUGACUGGCUACUUCAUAGGUGUGCUAGUAGAAUAUUGUAUUUUUAUUUUUAUUUAUUUAACUGGUUUUAGGUGCAGCCAGAAACCCUCUAAUGGUUUUUAUGUAUUUUAUAAAUUUAUAUCCUGCUCAUCCAAAGGAGCUGGUUUUCUGUUUCCUUGUACAGUACAACAUGAAAAGAGCAGCAUAACCUUUAGAGAGAAAAGCAGCUGAUGAGGAAGAAGGUAUUCAAAACAGAUUUUUUUCUCUAUAGAGAUCAAAGAGCGAGAUCAAAACAAAUGUGAAAGCAUAGUUCAGAUCUGACAGUAGCCUGAAAAGGGGCAGGAAAAAGGCCCAUGAAUCUGAGAUUCAGAUGCUGUGGAUAAUAGGCUGUGCAAGUUUGUUUCCUUCUACAACAAAAUUCCUCAAGUCACAAAAAAUGGGAGCUUUACAGAUUUGAGGCAGCCCUUUGCAAGGAAGCUGAGAAACACUGGCUUUAUCUUUAUCUCUUCUCUUUUUCAGGUACCUGCUGCAUCAUCUCCCUUUGCACAUGUGUGGCUGGGAUAAACUUUGAGCUGUCUCGUUACCCUCGCUAUGUCUAUGGGUUACCCGAGGACAUCAGUCAUGGCUAUGGCUGGUCCAUGUUCUGUGCAUGGGGAGGCCUGGGACUGACGCUUCUGGCAGGAUUCUUAUGCACAUUGGCCCCCUCUCUCAAUAGCCCCCGGACUGUCGUACAGAAACCCAGACAGGAAAAUGGUACUGUGUGAUGAGAAGGGAGCAAAGGACUCUAGCAAGCACAGGCCAGGCCAGGUCCGGCAGUGGGUUACUGCCAAUAGUGGGGGCAUCUGAAAUUCAUGAAGAAGGGAGGUUCCCACUGCAAACAAACGAAGGAAUUCAGCUGCUAUGUCAAAGACUCGGGGGGGACCCCUCCCUUCCUUUGAUUCUUCAGCCUGCCUGUCUGAUACAACCAACCAAAUCAGGUUCAUUCUUUAUUCCUGGCUUGCCUAAAGGGAACUUUUCUGUUAAAUAGGGUGUGUUGCUGUAGGAUCUGUGUACCAUUUAAGCUGAAUCAGAUUUCUGCUAGGAGCAGAAGCCACUGUGAAUUCCCUUUGGCGUCCUUGUGACUCCAGGGAACUCCAUUUCCAAGAAUCUUUGAGGACCAGUCAGAGGUAAAGACCAAAGGGAAAUCCAGCCAGUCUCAGUAUUCAUAGAAUCAUAGAGUUGGAAGGGACCCUGCGGAUCAUCUAGUCCAACCUGAAUAUGCAGCCGUCCCAUAUAGGGAUUGAACCCGCAACCUUGGUGUUAUCAGCACCACGCUCUAACCAACUGAGCUAUCCUACUGAUUCUCUUCUGCAGCAGGGACCUGAUGCUGUUACAGGCUUAACACAGCCUACUGCUUCAGCCUUUGACACCAGCUUAAGUGGGGGCUUUAUAGACAUUCAGACAGGAACAUUAGCAAGUUCUUCCUCUGGACCACACAGUAUCUAACCUAUGCCAGUUCUGGGAGCCAAAUAUGUAUAGCAGUAGCUCAUGAAAGGUUACUUCUGGGAUAACACAUAGGGAGUUAGAGCAAGCAGCAAAUAAAUGAGACUUCAGUGCUUGAGGAAUUCUUCCACGAAGGCAUCAGGCCUGAGUUAGUGUCAAGAUAACUCACACGCAUACAGAAAAGCAUUUUUGGGGAUGACAGGGGUGGCUGAACCUAAUGAAGUUAUUUAGUCACAUGUGAUAUUCCUGCUUGAGGUAACACAAAGAACAAAACAACAGGUUUCUGGUUGAGGCAAGAAAGUGGACCAGGGCUCCCAUCCUAGAAAUGAUGUUGUCAUAGCAACUGCUGUAAUAGGCAAAUGAGAUUUGCAAGCUGCUUCAAAUCCUUCCAGGCUGAGUGUAGAACUUUACCAUUUUGGAUAAUGAGCACAGAAACUUGAAAAGACAGCCCGCUUGGUAGCAUCCUCUUCUAACAGAAAAGGAAGCACUUUUUAUUAAAUGGACUCAGUACGCACGUGAACAACGAGAGCUGGGCCUAACUCAGGAACAUCAACAAUGGUGCUGAAGGGGAGGAACUGGUCUUUCCUCAUUGUACUCCUUUUCUGUCUCCUCAAAAGACUACACAGAAGCCUUUUUUGGAGGGCUGUUUACAUUGUAUUUUUAAGUGGCAUGUAAUUAAUAACUCAGUGCUAAAGUCAAUGUAUUCAUGGAAAGUGUGAUUUUUAAAUGGAAGUUGUAAGUUUCAAGAGGCAUUAAAUUAAAAGGCUUGGGUCCAGUGAGAAGCUGGAGAUUCUCAGCCUUUUGGAUCUCAUUAAGAGAGACUGACAUUAAUUUUCUGCAUUUCUACACAACCACAGCUGCUGGAGAAACCCUGUCAUGCAGCUGACGAUACAGGGAGACAGGAAUGUCACUUAUUUGGCAGCCGGCCUCGUAAUCCCAGCUGUUGAUCUUGUUCCUGUCCACAAAGCCUAAUGUGUGUAUGGGACAAGUUUUGCCUCAAAUAAAAAUUACUUCCAGAG